ACACUUCAUUAAAAAGAGUGUUGCGAGAGCUGCCAUGGCGAACAGAGGGCCCAGCUAUGGACUGAGCCGAGAGGUGCAGGAGAAGAUCGAGCAGAAGUACGACCAAGACCUGGAGCAGCGUUUGGUGGACUGGAUCGUUGGACAGUGUGGAGGGAACCUGGAGAGGCCACAGACGGGCAGAGAGAACUUCCAGAAAUGGCUGAUGGAUGGAACAAUCCUCUGUCGGCUCAUCAACAGCCUUUAUCCAAGGGGGAAGGAGCCUAUCAAGAAGAUUCCAGAGACACAGAUGGCCUUCAAACAAAUGGAGAAGAUCUCUCAGUUCCUGCAAGCAGCUGAAGCUUAUGGAGUCACAACCACGGACAUAUUUCAAACUGUGGACCUCUGGGAAGGAAAGGACAUGGCAGCAGUGCAAAGAACUCUCAUGGCUCUGGGGAGUGUGGCGGUCACUAAGGACGAUGGUCAUUACAGGGGUGACCGAGACUGGUUCCACAGGAAAGCCCAGGGAUAUCGGCGAGAGUUCAGCCAAGAACAACUCCGCCAAGGUCAGAGUUUGAUCGGCCUGCAGAUGGGCAGCAACCGCGGGGCCUCCCAGUCCGGUAUGACGGGCUACGGUAUGCACCGUCAGAUCAUGUAGACCACUCACUAACUAACCUCCUCCCCCUGCUUCUAGACCUUAUUUUCUACUAAGGUUGUAGCCCCGAUAUACCUCCAUGUCCUCUCUAGCACCUGCCAUGUUAGCCUCGAAUAUCCUUGAAUUGCUGCUUUCCCAAACUGUGUUCUAUCUAAAAAGAAAAAAAAUGAUGUCAAAUACUCUCUUCCUGUUCCUCUUUUCCCAU